AUGCAGUUCUCUACUAUCUUCCUUGCUGCUGUCGCCUGUGCCACUGGCGCCGUUGCAAACCUUCACACUCAAGCUUGGUGCGUCACCAACGGUCUCCAGGACAACGACCCCAAGAACUCCGACGCCACGCAGGCUGCCUGCGCCCAGUACAAGCAACGGCACACCGGAAAUGAGCAAUGGGACAUUUGCCCCGACUGCGAGAUCGGUGUCAAGGACAAGGACGUCCAGGUCUGCAACUCAGCUGCCAAGCACAUUGGCGGUGACGAGUGGGAGGAGUACUGCAUCCAAUUCGGGGCUGAGAAGGGCAAGGCCAACUAA